UCACCGUUCCUUGACCGGAGGGUCUGUGUCACCCCCACUGCUUUAGCCUUAAAGAAGAUCAUUCCUUUCUUUCCCAAUCUUCCAAGGUUCUUCCCAACCUCUUAAUUUUACCUUCCUUUCUGUCUGAAUUGCUGGAGAUGGGAAAAUUCACAUUCAAGUGGCCCAACAAUGCGAGCGAAGUGUUCGUGACAGGCACUUUCGAUGAUUGGGGUAAGACGGUGAAACUGGACCGGGUAGGCGACAUCUUUGUCAAGGAGGUGUCUUUGGCACCUGAGAAAACCCAUUACAAGUUCGUCGUCGACGGUACUUGGACCACAGAUAGUAGUGUGCGACAGGAGAACGACGGCCACAACAACAUCAACAACGUCCUCCUACCUGAAGAGAUCGUUGACUCCACUGACGCCCCGAUGUCUGGCGUCACUCCAGAUUCCACUACCGCGGCACUUGCUGCCAAUGUGCCCAAGGAGCCAAAUGGCAACCUGCCUGGCACCUUCCCUGACACUCCCGGCCAGGAGACUGAGCAGACCUUGUCGGUGGAUCCCAUCCCCGCAUCAGGCGGCUAUGGCAACCCUGUCAAGCUGGCGCCUGGCGAAAAGGUCCCUCACUCGAGCGAGCUUCAUAACAACACUGUGGACUCCACUGUGAACCUGGACAAGGAGUCAUACGAGAAGGGCCAGACUCUUCCUCGCUUUCGCAUUCACCAUUCCUCCCUCUUCCCAUCAGGGGGCCCUGCGCAAAGGGCAGCUGCUAAUGACAAUGAGCCCACCUACUCCGGUGGUCCCGCCCAGCAGGCAGCAGCGGCUGACCCGGGAUACACCAUCCAAUCUGCCGCUCCCACCUCUACCACGGCUGCAUUGGCUGCCGAGGUUCCUCUAGAGUCGAAGGGCAAGCAGACUAACGGCAACAAGCCUGUUGAGGAGGUCCCUGAAGUGGUGAAGGACUCUCUCGCCGAGGCCCACCAGGACCCCGAGGCUGCUGCGAACCAGGAUGCAGUCGACGAGAAGAAGAGAUUCGAGCAGGAACUUCAGAAGAAGGUCGAUGUUGAAGAGUCUGCAGGCGCCCCGGCACCCACCGUGACUGCGGCCACCCAGCCCAUCGCCCCUCACCUCACUGUUGCUGGUGGCUUUGACUCCUCAGAUGUGUCGCCGACUUCAACGCCUCCCCCUGGUCGCAAUGCUGCCGCCGCCGCUCCCACCUCGGCACCCAAGACCGAGCCCAGUGGCCCAACUGUGACGACUGGUGUGGAAUCUGCCCCUGCUGAUGAGACUACCACCGCCAAACCUGCCGGUCCCACCGUGACGACUGGACCGGAGACUACCAAGGCACCCGAGACCUCAACCCCCAAGCCCGCGCAAGAGUCCAAGCAGUCCCCCAGUACUGAGGGUGCUUCUACUAACGGCGACAAGAAGAAGAAGCGUCUGAGUGGCUUCAUCCACAAGCUCAAGGAGAAGUUCAAAUAA